AUGGAGGAGAUUGCCACCAACGUAAAGAUCAAUAGGGGUAGGAGUUAUAACAACUACACCAAUGAUCAGAAACUGCUUUUUGUCUAUUACAAUAGGAUUAAGUUGUUCAAUGCUGCCAACUCUGGUAGAUUAGCAGGCGCGGGCCAGCUUGAUGAGAAGCAUAAGAUUCACCUUUUAAAUUUUUAUGGCAGUAAUCCUCAAGCCAGGGUUGUGGAUGCAGUUUGUUCACUUACUGAAAAAUUCGAAUCAUUCACACUGAAAGAAUCAAGUCGUGGGGUUGAGAAGUGGAGCAAAACAGAUAUGGAUUACCUUGAAAACUGUUUUUUUGUUGAUGAAUCAGCCUUCGAUAUCAAUAUGAGACCUCCAGGAGGAUGA